CCACAACCAUGUCCGACAACAUCCCCCAAUCUACCACCACCACUACAGCCUCCCGCCCUCACCGAACCCCCAGAGGCAAAGGCAACAAUGGCACCAAGAACACCAAUCGCGCCCCCAAACUCCUCAACCCCCUCCAAAAAGGUAUCCAGGAAUACCUGACGCACCACCUCCCUCAAGCCACCCUCACAAAAUACAACCUCGAAACUCUCCUCUCCUCCCUCCCGAAGCGCUUCACCGUCUACGAACCCCUUCUGCUAUUGCCAGUGAAUGCGCUGAGCUCCCCUCCCUCCUGGAGCGCCCUAUACACGGACCUCACCCCCGCGCAACGGGAAACCCUCUUCGCAUGCAUCGUGCAAGCGUUCAGCCGAAGCGGCGUCACGCAUGUCGCGAUUAACGCCCCGAUUGCGUUAACAGGCGCGCAAGGUCAGGAGAACCGGAUGCGCAGUCCGGCAGGGUUGGUACCGCUUUAUGGGGAUUUUGGGCCUAUGGUUUCGGAUAAUGGUAUGGGGGAGCAGCAGCCCACGGAGGAGGAUCUGGGACGGGCGUUUUGGGUGCGCACGAUGCAGAAUCAUGGGAUUGUGCAGAUCUGGGCGCCGCUGUAUACGAUGUUUUCGAGGGGGAAUGUUACGGAGAAGGCGAGGAUCCUGGGUGCCGGGAGUGGGUUUGAGGGCUUGGAUGAUACUGCGGGGAUGAGUGUGGUGGAUAUGUAUGCGGGGAUUGGGUAUUUCGUGUUUUCAUACUUGAAGCGUGGAGUGAGGAGGGUUUGGGGGUGGGAGAUUAAUGGGUGGUCGGUGGAGGGGUUGAGGAGGGGGUGUGAGGCCAAUGGAUGGGGGUGUAGGGUUAUUCGGGUCGGUGGGGAUGGGUCGUUGGAGGAUGGCUUGGGGGUGGAGGAGAUGGUGGAUGGACUGAGGGGAGAGGAUAGGGUGGUGGUUUUUCAUGGGGACAAUCGGUUUGCGGCGGACGUUUUGGGGCAGGCGAGAGAGGCCAUGGAGGCCAGGGGCGAGUGGUGCCCCGUUAAACAUGUUAAUCUGGGGCUGUUGCCGUCGUCGGCGCCGGCGUGGGAGAAUGCGUGUCGGAUGGUGGAUGCGCAGAAGGGGGGUUGGCUGCAUGUGCACGAGAAUGUUGACGUGCAGCGCAUUGAGGAGAUGAAAGAUGAGAUCACGGCCGAGGUUGGGAAGUUGAGGGCACGGGUCUUGGAAAUAGAGGCGACGGUGGCGGAUUGUCGACAUGUGGAACAGGUCAAGACUUACGCUCCGGGGGUGAUGCAUUGCGUCUUUGAUGUCAUGGUGCCGUCGCUGGAUGAGGUGUGACGCUCCUGCACUAUAUCACGCUUGGUUGGCUUCCCUAAGAGCCAGGAAAGGGUAUCUCCCAAGUGGUGUAACCGACGCUUGGACUCGUAUCAUCAAACAUAUGUACAGCAGCAACAAAGAGAUCU